GAGUCCAAAUUAUGUUGCACCGGGUGUAACCAACAAGCUACCGUUAGGCUAGUUAGGUGUAGCUAGCUAGCUUUAGAUCCUCACCCGCGUACGCAGCUGUAGAAUGAACACUAUACACACUAUUAUUGAGGGCUACUAAUGAAACUGGCUGGCGUCACCCUAUUUUAAAUCCACCACGCUGCGGUUGUCCUCUUGUGGUUUAACCGCUUCCAUCGUUUGCUGUUCUGUGCUGGUCAGUUAGCCUCGUCAGCUAGCUAGGUACAGUAGCGUAUGGGUGUCAAAGUUAGCUGUGACUUCACCGGGUGUCUGGUUGCCUGAUCUCACAUUUCGGACACGUCAAGGUUCUUAAAAUCCGUCUCUUGAUUUUGGGGGGCUGUGAUGUCGGAGUCCAAGACCCCCACUCCCACUCCGGCUGGCGACACGUACAAAGGAUGGGUGUUCAAGUGGACGAAUUACAUCAAGGGUUAUCAGCGCAGGUGGUUUGUCCUGAGCAAUGGGCUCUUGUCUUACUACAGGACCCAAGCAGAGAUGGGCCACACGUGUCGAGGCACAAUCAACCUGGCCACAGCAACCAUCUCCGUGGACGACGCCUGCAACUUUGUCAUCUCCAACGGUGGAGCACAGACCUAUCACCUGAAGGCCAGCUGCGAAGUGGAGCGCCAGCGCUGGAUCACGGCCUUGGAACUGGCCAAAGCCAAGGCAGCGCGCAUGCAGGCGGAGUCCGAUGACUCUGGGGAUGACUUUUCCCCAUCUUCCCCGCCGACGGCACCCGGACAAGGUGGCGGGUCGCAGAAUUCCGAAGUUCAGUCGGCUCUCAGAACACUAGGCAGCAAGGUGGAGGAUCUCAGCACCUGCAACGAUCUCAUUUCAAAGCACGGCUCUGCCCUCCAGAGGUCUUUAUCCGAACUGGACAGCUUGCGUAUGACUGGCGAGGCCGGGGAUAAGAUCCGUCAGGUGACGGAGAGGGCUACGCUGUUCCGCAUCACCUCCAAUGCCAUGAUUAACGCGUGCCGAGACUUUCUGGCACUAGCGCAGGCUCAUAGCAGGCGAUGGCAGAAGGCCCUUCAAGCGGAGCGGGACCAGCGAGUCAGGCUGGAGGAGACUUUAGAGCAGCUGGCCAAGCAGCACAACCACCUGGAGAGGGCGUUCAGAGGGGCGUCUCAGGCCAACGCCACCGCAGACAAUCAAAGUGCUUCCGGGCCGGGGAAAGGGGAGGCCAGCGACGACGACGACAACGAGUUUUUUGACGCCAUGGAGGAAGCGCCUGAGUUUAUCACUGUUCCGGCAGAUCCUCAGUUCCACAAAAGGUCGAGCAGUAAUGUCAGCGGGUUCAACAGUGAAAUGUGUCCUGAUGACCAAUCGCUUAACGAGGAGCCUUUAGCAAUGAACCAGGAGUCCCCCUCGCAGGAGUUGGUGCCGCUGAGGAAGAGGCGGACAAAGAUUUCAGACAAACCCAACUACUCUCUCAACCUGUGGAGUAUCAUGAAGAACUGCAUCGGCAAAGAGCUGUCAAAGAUCCCGAUGCCUGUAAACUUCAACGAGCCCAUCUCCAUGCUGCAGCGCUUGUCGGAGGACCUGGAGUACCACGAGCUGCUGGAUAAAGGCUCCAAGUGCCAGAGCUCGCUGGAGCAAAUGUGCUACGUGGCCGCCUUCUCCGUGUCCUCCUACUCGACCACCGUCUACCGCACGGGCAAACCCUUCAACCCGCUGCUGGGCGAGACGUACGAGCUGGACCGCCGGAGAGAGAGCGGCUACCGCUCCCUCUGCGAGCAGGUGAGUCACCACCCGCCUGCAGCGGCGCACCAUGUGAUUUCCAAUCGCGGCUGGACACUGAGACAGGAAAUCACCGUUGCCAGCAAAUUCAGGGGAAAAUACCUCUCCAUCAUGCCAUUGGGCACAAUACACGCAAUCUUUGAAAAGGGCAACAAUCAUUACACAUGGAAGAAAGUUACCACCACAGUGCACAACAUCAUUGUAGGGAAACUGUGGAUCGAUCAGUCGGGCGAGAUAGACGUGGUGAACCACACCACCGGCGACCGCUGCCACUUGAAGUUCGCUCCUUACAGCUACUUCUCCAGGGACGUUGCCAGGAAGGUGACCGGUGUGGUGACGGACAAAGACGGCAAGGCUCACUACGUGCUGUCGGGCACGUGGGACGAGAAGAUGGAGUUCUCCCGGGUGAUGCAGAGCAGCAGAGGGGAGAACGGCUCCGAGGGCAAACAGAAGACCGUCUAUCAAACGCUCAAAGCCAAAGAGGUCUGGAAGAGGAACCCUCUACCUGAGGGAGCAGAGACCAUGUACUACUUUACCUCCCUGGCGCUGACCCUGAACGAGCUCGAGGAGGGCGUGGCCCCCACCGACAGCCGGCGCCGGCCCGACCAGCGCCUGAUGGAGGACGGCCGCUGGGACGAGGCCAACUCGGAGAAGCAGCGGCUGGAGGAGAAGCAGCGCGGCGUCCGGCGGGAGAGGGAGCGGGAGGCCGCCAGCCAACGCACCUCCAGCCAAUCGGAAGAAGCUGUCGACGAGGAUUCCCUUACUGAUCCGUCCUUAAAAAGCGCACCUCAUGACAGCCACAAGGCCCUUUGGUUUGAGCGCAGCGAGGACCCGAUCACAGGUGAGCAGAUCCACAUCUAUAAGGGAGGCUACUGGGAAGCCAAGGACCGCGGAAGCUGGGAAGAAUGCCCGGAAAUUUUUUGACCUCGGCAUUGACUGAGACGCGACCGAUCCAUCGAGGCCACCUGGUGCCCCCCCCCCCCCCCCCCCCCCUCACUGCCAAUUUGAAUAGUUGACUCUCGCCGGUGGAUCUCUGUUCUAAGAGAUCUUCCGGAUGGUCGCUGCUGUCUGGUCCCACCCGGAUCUGAUUUUGGUUCCUUGUCACCUGGAGGCCGUCACACACUUGAGAGAACUGAAACAAAAAUAAAUGUGCUGCUUUGACUCGGGGCGGACUGAGGGGGGAGGAAUUGAAAUGUGCAGUGUCUUCCAAAUCAUUAGUUGGACUUUGUUUUUAGUCUCUCAGAUCACAGGUUUAAGUGCUGAUAACACCCUCUGAGAUAAUAUAGUGUCCAUGUGGGGGUGGGGGGGGGGGUGUUUAAGACUGAUUAAUAUAUACAUUUAUGUAUAGAUAUGAUUCAAAUAAUCUCAUUAAUAUGUCGACUGGUGGCCUUUAAGACGUUAGCGAGGAUAUCAUUUUUCUGUCUCUGAUUUAGUGUCUUAAUGUAACAAAGUGAAGGUUCUUGUGUGCUCGUGUGUAUGACUGCAUAUCUGCUCCUCCGUCAGUUUACCACACUGCCGCUGUACAGUACAGUGUUUAAAAAUAAGUCAUAGUCUGAAUUACGGAUUGAACCUCCAUAAUCACGGAUAGGAGGUAGAAGAGACUCAUUGUUUUCCACCACGAAGGCCAAACUAAAGUGAUGAUGAUGAUGAUGAUGAUAAGCUUGAUUUGGACAAUGGGGCCCUUUCUCUCUGCCUUAGGAAGAGCAAACUGUUUAAAUUUGUGUUUAAAUCACACCUGAGUGAAUACGACAUUUUUAGAAGUUUCUUGUGCAACAAUUUCACAUUUUGAAGAAGCAGGAGAAAGACAUCGUUGCUGCAAACACUUGUUCCAGGUCUCUGAAAAUCUCACAUUAGUGCAGUUUUAUUUAAUACCAAUUAUUGGAAUUACCCCCUUUGUGUUCAGAGACACAACUAAGCAAAACCAGCAUUUAAAGUAAAUGCAGUGGUGACAAUAAACCUUGGUUUAUCUGCUUAAGAGGUCAUACAUAUGCAAGUACAUUUUGAACCCAUAAACAUGGGAAAUUGCGUGUGUGAGAGAAUUUGAUUUUGUUUUCCAAGUGUACUUAAAAUGAAGAAUAAAUAAGCAUAGAAAAUAACUGGUUUUAUAAAUGUAUAGAGAUUCACUCAAGAUACUUGGGAUUCUUCACACCAUAUAUACUACCUUGAACUGUAUCUGUUGAAUCGUGUAAUUUUCGAAAUGUUUAAAAGUGGGCCUGUUUUUGCUAGGAAAGAUAGACAUCUACAUUUCGAAACUGAGCGCUUACAAAAAUGUAAGGUAGUUUUUUUUAAUUGUAAUUUUGUUUCCAGUCAUUUUAUUGGAAAAGGUCUUCAUUUUCAGAAAAAAGGGAGUUUCUAUACUUGGGAGGGUAGAUUUGACAUUGUAUUUUGUAUUAACACCGAAAAAAGAUCCUGUAAUAGGCAAAAGCUUUAAUGUCAAACAAAUAGCUUUUCAUACUGUUCUUCAACUGAAUUUGCUCCAACAUUUUAAUAAGUUAGGAAAAAAAAUUAACUUGCCAGAUCAAUUCUUUUGUGAGUUUCUGUCACGUUGAGCUCAAGAUGGGACGACAAAUCCUGUCAAUAAAAUAAUACAACCCAAUGAAAACAA